AUGUCUGCACCCCACGACCAGAACCGUCAUCCCCGCCGCCGUCCUCUUAAGGGCUCCGCCUCCCCUCUCAGCACCCAUGGCAUGCAGCUCCGGAAGAGCGGUACUUUCUCGUCGCCAACCCACAUAUCGUCCGACAUCUGCGACGUCGACAAAUACUUUAUGCCCCGUCGCUCACCGACCAGCACUGAGCGACUAGAGGAGCUAGUCAACGACUCCAUCCAAGACCCUAGCGUGCGUCGCGUCACCAACCUGCUCAAGGACUUCGAGGCGAGGGUCGCUGGCCAUAAGAGCGCUGCUGCCGGCUCUGACCUUCUCAACGACCCGGAGGUUCUUCCCGUCCCGAGCUUCGUCCUCGACAGCACCUCAUUGGACCACACCCCAAUGGACAUUGACAUAAAGCCUACUGCAGCUCAACGCAGCCCCCACGACCACGCUUCUGACAGCGGUCUGGGUUCGAGCAUCAGUGGAUCGAAAUACGGUAAGGAGUCACCGCAGCUACCCGUCUUGGAAGAGAACGCCCCGCAUUCUAACAUAUAUAAAGACGAGAUUCGCACUCAGCGCUCCAGCGUUCGUGAAUCCAUCAGCACCUCAAUCAGCUCAACACACUCGGCUGUCACCAGGUCCUUUUCCGCACUCGGUUCUCCAGAGGAGGAUCACGUGCUUGGCGAGCACACGUGCAAGCAGAUUCACGACUUCAUUGUCAAGCCCAUCCUUGCUGAGGAGUCUCUCAAAGACUUUCACUCGCUUGUCAAGGACGUUCCCCGACGCAUAGGUGAGAAGAACAUCCGAAACCUCCGUGAUCUCGAGAAGACCCUCAUAUUCCUCGCACCGGAGCUGUCGGCUACCCCGGACUCGUACACUCGUUUUUGCGAACGAUCAAUCCAACUCUUGGCUACGACUGUCCAGUACAUUUCCGAACAAGAUCAGCGACUACCAACCGACCGCCCUUAUACUGACGGCUACUUCCUCGAUUUGAUGGAACAGAUUAGACGAUACGCUUCAAUCAUGGCUGCUACAAGAGAAAAAGAAUCCAAGGGCGAGGACCUAGACGACAUGGAUUACUCACGGUAUGACCGCGCCGCCGGCUUUCUAUUCGCACGCACUAAUCAAAUGGUCCAUAGCGAUGAGAAGAUCACCCUCCGUGGUGGCAUUAGCCACAACGGCCGUCCCGUCGAGCUAGUCCGGGAGAAGAACGGAAAGGUUAUGCCUAUCUCAGAAGAUGCCUCAAAAGCCUUCAGGAUCAAGCGCCGUCUCUCGGACGCCUCCGAGGACAGUAUGGACGAGGAUGAAGUCACCCGCUCCAUGGCGCGCCGUCGUAAGUCCGAGAAGCCAGGAGAUGUAAUGCACAUUUGCCGUGACUGCAAGAAGGAGUUCAAGCGACCAUCCGAUCUGACCAAGCACGAGAAGACCCACUCUCGCCCGUGGAAGUGCUCUGAGAAGAACUGCAAGUACUUCGAUCUGGGCUGGCCAACUGAGAAGGAACGUGACAGGCAUAUGAACGACAAGCACUCUGCUGCUCCUGCCCAGUACAAGUGUCUCUACCCACCAUGCUCGUACGCCUCAAAGCGUGAGUCCAACUGCAAGCAGCACAUGGAGAAGGCUCAUGGCUGGGAGUACGUUCGUUCCAAGAGCAAUGGUCGCAAGAAGGGUCCUACUGGCAGCGAGAACAGCCCCACUACUCCUCUUACUCCUUUCAUUGGCACACCAAUGUCAGCGACCAUGACUACACCCAUCACACCGUUCAUCCCAUCGCCACAAGUGCCCAUGAUCGACAACUUUGACUUCUAUGGCGUCAACACGCCAGCUUUGAGCCACCAGGGUUUCCAGGAUGACUUCCGCCGUGACUCGAUCACAACCAACGGCUCCCACUUCACCUACUCAUCUGGACAUUCGCCCGUUGAGCCCACAUCCUUUGUUGAUGCUGUGACCCCAGAAGAUACUCACAUCAACCACAACGACAUCUACAACGCCUGUGACCUGAACGCAAAUUUCAACACGGGUUUCCAGCAGCCAACCCCAAUGAGCACGGCGUUUGACUACGCGCCAUUGCCAUUCACAACCAGCAGCACGAUGAAUGGGCUCCCACACCUAUCACCAUUGGCUCAGCCCGACGUUACUCUCUUCUCACCACACAUGGAUGAGGGCUUCAGUGGUGACAUGGACAUGACCAUGCAGGGCUUCAGUCGCCCCACUGAGGACUUCACGUUGUUCGAUACCGCGCCGCCUAGCCAGAUGGCGUUCAACAACACGUCCAAUUUCUUCCCCGAUUUCAACCAGCUUGGGGGGCAAUUCGACAACUUGUACGCCGAGCCCACUACUACGUUGGAUGAUUUGACCUUUAUGGGCUAUGGAAACCCGCAGUAA